UCCCGCUGACAGCCUUGGGUGGCCCUGGCCCCUCUGCCUGGCCCACCGACCUCCUGGGCCCUGCAAUGCCCACCCCCAAUACCUCUGCCCUGCCGCCUGCGUUCUGGGCCAACACGUCCGGAGGCAGUGUGCUGAGCACCGAUGCUACUGCCAUGCCCAUCAAGUUCCUGGCCCUGAGGGUCAUGGUGGCCCUGGCCUACGGGCUUGUGGGGGCCGUUGGCUUGCUGGGAAAUUUGGCUGUGCUAUGGGUGCUGGGCAAUUGCACUCGACGAGCCCCUGGCCCACCUUCUGACACUUUUGUCUUUAACCUGGCUCUGGCAGACCUGGGGCUGGCCCUCACUCUCCCCUUCUGGGCAGCUGAGUCGGCUCUGGACUUCCACUGGCCCUUCGGAGGCACCCUCUGCAAGAUGGUCCUGACGGCCACCGUCCUCAACAUCUAUGCCAGCAUCUUCCUCAUCACAGCGCUGAGCGUUGCCCGAUACUGGGUGGUGGCCAUGGCUGCAGGACCAGGUGCCCACCUCUCUCUCUUCUGGGCCCGCAUGGCCAGCCUAGCGGUGUGGGUGGCAGCCGCCCUAGUGACAGUGCCCACGGCUGUCUUUGGGGCUGAGGGGGAGGUGUGGGGUGUGCGUCUGUGCCUACUGCGCUUCCCCAGCAGAUACUGGAUGGGCGCCUACCAGCUGCAGAGGGUGGUGCUGGCCUUCAUGGUGCCCCUGGGCAUCAUCAGCACCAGCUACUUGCUGCUACUGGCCUUCCUGCGGCGGCGGCGACGGCAGGACAGUAGGAUUGUGGCCCGCUCUGUCCGCAUCCUGGUGGCCUCCUUCUUCCUCUGCUGGUUCCCCAACCACGUGGUCACUCUAUGGGGUGUCCUGGUGAAAUUUGACCUGGUGCCCUGGGACAGCACUUUCUACACCAUCCAUACCUAUGUCUUCCCGGUCACCACCUGCCUGGCGCACAGCAACAGCUGCCUCAACCCCGUGCUGUACUGCCUCCUAAGGCGGGGGCCGCGGCGGGCCCUGGCAGACACCUUCAGGGAUCUGCGAGCAAGGCUGUGUUCCCAGGGCUGGGGCGGGGAGGAAUAGGCGGCCGGAAGGGUGGGCAGGCAGUGGGUGGACUGCAUCGCCAGGAGAGUGGCCCUUCUGCCAUGCUCUCCAACUUGGACAAAGGGACACCUGGAUCAAGAGUGUAAGCUGUACACCUUCCUUUCUGGGUUCUGCCAGGUGCAAAAUCCACACAUGCCAGGGAGGGAGAGGCUGGCCUCUGCCAGGCUGUAAUGCCCUCCAGGGAAGUUUGAUCUUUGAUCCCACUCUGGGUGUGGUGGAAUGAGGGAUGCCUGGGCUCAGGUCAGGGCUGAGUGUGACACACUGGAUGUCUAUUUGGAGGUGAGAAAGAAGAGGAUCUGAGAAUAAACCACUGGAUCACCCACAAA